AUGUUCGCUUCAUCCCGAGCCGCAGUACGUCAAGUGGCGUCGAAGCCAGUCGCCAUCAAUGUCUCCCUCAGAGCGGCAUCAGCAUGGGCGAAAGUGCCUCAAGGUCCUCCUGACGCCAUCCUGGGCAUCACAGAAGCAUACAAAGCCGACAGCCACCCCGAAAAGAUCAACCUCGGUGUCGGCGCAUACCGUGACGACAAGGGCAAGCCGUACGUGCUGCCCUCAGUCAGGUCAGCCGAGAAGAAGGUCGUCAAUGCGGCGCUGAACAAGGAGUAUGCUGGCAUCACUGGUGUCCCCGAGUUCACCAAGGCGGCGGCACGACUCGCCUAUGGCGCUGACUCCGAGGUCAUCAAGGAGGACAGGGUGGCAAUCACACAAUCCAUCUCGGGCACUGGCGCUCUCAGGAUAGGUGGUGCUUUCCUUGAGCGCUUCUAUCCCGGGGACAAGACCAUCUACAUCCCAACGCCCAGCUGGGCCAACCACAAUGCCGUCUUCAAGGACUCGGGCCUCAAGGUGGAGAAGUACCGGUACUACAACAAGGACACCAUCGGUCUUGACUUUGAGGGUAUGGUGGAGGACAUCAAGAACAUGCCCAAGGGCAGCAUCGUCCUCCUCCACGCCUGCGCUCACAACCCCACCGGUGUCGACCCUACCGAGGACCAAUGGCGAUCAAUUAGCGACGCGGUCAAGGAGGGUGGCCACUACCCGUUCUUCGACAUGGCCUAUCAGGGCUUUGCCAGCGGCGACACCGCCAAGGAUGCGUUCGCUUUGAGGCAUUUUAUCAGCGAGGGCCACAGGCCAUGCCUGGCGCAGAGCUUCGCCAAGAACAUGGGCCUCUACGGCGAGCGUGUCGGUGCCUUCUCCAUUGUCUGCGAAUCAACAGAAGAGAAGAAGCGCGUCGACUCCCAGAUUAAGAUCCUCGUCCGGCCUCUCUACUCGAACCCACCCGUCCACGGAGCGCGUAUUGCAUCGGAGAUCCUCAACGACUCAUCGCUCAACCAACAGUGGCUGGGUGAGGUCAAGGGCAUGGCGGACCGCAUCAUCAAGAUGCGCGCUCUGCUGAAGGAGAACCUUGAGAAGCUCGGCAGCAAACACGAUUGGAGCCACAUCACUUCCCAAAUCGGCAUGUUCGCAUACACCGGUCUUACCGCUGAGCAGAUGGACAAGCUGGCAAAGGAACACUCUGUGUACGCGACCAAGGAUGGUAGGAUAUCUGUCGCGGGCAUUACGUCUGACAAUGUUGGGCGCCUUGCCCAGGCCAUCCACAAGGUCAAAGGUUGA